AUCCAACAUGUCUGCGCCCAUGGCACGUUAGAUGUACUGUAUUUUGAAAAAUAACAAUAAUAUAUAACUCUAGAUGACUAUCGAGAUGCCCGAAUCAGGAGAAACUGCAGAUAAAAAACAAAAUGAUUUAUUUUUUGAAGAGGAUGACUUGCCAUUUGAAGAAGAAAUUCUUCGUAACCCAUACUCUGUGAAGUCAUGGUUGAGAUAUUUGGAGUAUAAGAAAGAAGCACCCAGGAGCACAGUUAAUUUGAUAUAUGAAAGGGCUCUGAAAGAGCUUCCUGGAAGCUAUAAACUAUGGUACAAUUACUUAAAACUACGAAGAAGACAAGUCAAGGGGCGUUGCCUAAAUGAUCCUGCCAUAGAAGAUGUUAUAAAUGCCCAUGAGAGAGCACUUGUUUUCAUGCACAAGAUGCCUAGAAUUUGGAUUGACUACUGUCAGUUUUUGGUAGACUACAGUAGAAUAACAAAAACAAGACGUACCUUUGAUAGAGCUCUCAGGGCUCUCCCAAUCACCCAGCAUCACAGGAUCUGGCCCAGAUACCUUAAGUUUGUACGAUUGUAUGACUUACCAGAAACAGCUAUUAGAGUGUACAGGAGGCAUUUAAAGCUACAGAAGGAGAAUACAGAAGAGUACAUAGAUUACUUGAUGAAGAUUGGAUGGCUAGAUGAAGCAGCCAACAAACUGGUGGAUAUCAUCAACGAUGAUUCCUUUGUGUCAAGGGCCGGCAAGUCCAAACACCAGCUGUGGAAUGAGCUUUGUGAUCUUGUUGCUAAGAACCCAGACAAGGUAACGUCACUGAAGAUAGAACCUAUCAUUCGGCAAGGACUGAAGAGAUACACAGAUCAGAUUGGUGUCUUGUGGAACUCUAUGGCUGAUUAUUACAUUAGAGGAGGUCAUUUUGAAAGAGCUCGGGACAUUUAUGAGGAAGCCAUUAUGACUGUGAUCACUGUAAGGGAUUUCACCCAGGUGUUUGAUGCUUAUGCUCAGUUUGAGAAGAACUUGAUCAGUUCUAAGAUGGAGAGUAUGGAAGAAACAGGUGCUUCAGAAGAAGAUGACUUAGAAUUGGAGCUGAGAUUAGCAAGGUUAGAGAAUCUGAUGGAAAGAAGACCACUUCUGUUGAACAGUGUUCUUCUGAGGCAAAACCCCCACAAUGUUCACGAAUGGCACAAAAGAGUCAAACUGUUUGAGGGAAAACCAAGAGAGAUAAUCAACACUUACACAGAAGCUGUUCAGACUGUUGACCCCAAACUUGCAUCAGGAAAACCAAAUACUUUGUGGGUGGAAUUUGCCAAAUUCUAUGAAAAAGCCGGACAGAUAGAAGAUGCAAGAAUUAUAUUUGACAAAGCAGUGAGAGUGCCCUACAAGCAUGUGGACGAUUUAGCUUCUGUGUGGUGUGAGUGGGCAGAGAUGGAAAUACGACAUGAAAAUAAUGAAGAAGCUCUGAAGUUAAUGCAAAGAGCUACCACGCCACCAUCAAGAAAAGUAUCCUACCAUGAUGAGAAUGAAACUGUUCAGAGUAGAGUUCAUAAAUCACUGAAGGUGUGGUCGCUGUAUGCAGAUUUGGAGGAGAGCUUUGGAACUUUUAAGACGUGCAAGUCAGUUUAUGAUAAAAUCAUCGACCUGCGAAUUGCCACUCCCCAGAUUGUUAUGAAUUAUGGUCUGUUCCUUGAAGAAAACAAUUACUUUGAGGAGGCCUUCAAGGCAUAUGAGAAGGGAAUAGCAUUGUUCAAGUGGCCGAAUGUAUAUGACAUAUGGAAUACCUACCUUACAAAGUUUAUGGAACGAUAUGGUGGCUCAAAGUUGGAGAGAUCUCGAGAUUUGUUUGAACAGUGCUUGGAGAAUUGUCCAGCCAAGUUUGCUAAGAGUUUCUACCUGCUGUAUGCCAAGCUUGAGGAGGAGCAUGGCCUGGCCAGACAUGCUAUGGCUGUAUACGACCGAGCAACGAAAGCUGUGUUACCUGAGGAACAAAACGAGAUGUUUAAUGUGUACAUCAAGAGAGCUGCGGAGAUUUAUGGUGUCACCUACACAAGACCUAUCUAUGAGAAAGCCAUUGAAGUGUUACAUGAUGAACAGGCCCGGUCAAUGUGUUUGCGGUUUGCUGAUUUGGAAAGAAAACUUGGAGAAAUUGAUCGAGCUCGAGCCAUCUAUGCUCAUGCCUCGCAGAUUGCUGAUCCUAGGGUGGCAGCCAAUUUCUGGCAAGUUUGGAAAGAGUUUGAGAUCAAGCAUGGAAACGAGGACACUGUGAGAGAAAUGCUCCGAAUUAAACGCUCAGUACAAGCCAUCUAUAACACACAGGUCAACUUUAUGUCUGCACAGAUGUUAGCAGCUUCAAGUGGAAAAGGAGAUAAUGCAGGAGAGAGUAGUGACAAUAUGCAGAAACUGGAGGAGAGAGCAAGACAGUUGGCCGAGGAAUCUGUCAAAGACCAGGCCAAACCCGACAAAGGCAUUCUGUUUGUCAGGAGUGACAAUACACAAGAAGAACUAGGAGAGCUGGCAAAAACUGCCAACCCUGAUGCUAUUGACAUUGAUGAUGAUUUCUCUAGUGAUGAGGAGGCACAGGUGGAAGAAAUGGAAGUGAAGUCUGUUCCAACUGAAGUUUUUGGGUCUCUAAAGAAUGAGGAGGAAGAGGAGGAUUGAACAGAAUUUAACAGCAUCUGCAUUCAAUUCUAUUGUAAACCUCGAAAGUAACAUUGAUGUCACAUGUGAUUGGUUGACUGAUAUAUAGAGAGAAACUAUUGUUCAGUUCACGAAAUUGAUCGUUACAAGUUUGAAAAUUCAGAAAAUGGAAGGAACAAUUAACUGUAAACUGCAUUUGAUGUAGAAUAUGAUGUAAGAGUAUAUUGUAUCAGUAGUUCACCAGUUUUACUGUACAACUUUGAAAAUAAAUGAGUGACACAAAAAAAAGA